AGUAUGUUAAUUAAUAAUUGAACAACCACCGUUAACUUUAUUUGUUUGAACAACAACAACACUUACAAGGUUUUCUUGCUCAUGACAUUACAAAACUCACUUAAGACCAAUCCCUCUUUAUCAAAACUCUCAUCAUCAGCCCCCUCUGUAUUUCCCUUUUGAUCCAUCCUCUCUACUUCCCUCUUCCCUCUUCAUGCCUGUUUCGUUGUAGAAUUGCUCGAGAUUUCAAGCUAGGAGAAGCAUGACAGCUCCUUGGCUGCGAUGGACCACUACUCUUCAUGCCUGUUUCGUUCACGCAAUCGAAUUGUUCGGUGUCCUUGAAAGAGCAACACCCAAAUCAGUUCUUGAACUUGUUAAAUAUCUCACGUUGGUCCACGUUCUCAUGUCUAUUUGUGUCACUGUGGCCAUGUCUACUCCAGUUUUGACAAUCAAUAGUCCGGACGGGGACCUGAUCGACUGCAUGAAGAUAAACGAUCAACAGGCUCUUCAACACCCGCUCCUGAAACACCACAAAAUCCAGGAAACACCAACUGGUCAUAUGGUACAAAAAGGAGAAAAUUCUGGUUGGCAAGUAUGGCACAGGAGUGGAGCGUGUCCCCGAGGAUCUAUUCCUGUAAGAAGGUCUGAAGACACAAUUUUUCAGAAGAAUGAGACAGUUACUCCCAAUGCCGCUGCAGAUAGGGCCACUCGUGGACACCAGUAUGCAAUCGCGUACGUCAAAGGCAAACGGAAAAUUUAUGGUACCAAAGCUACCAUAAAUGUCUGGGAUCCGAUCGUCGAGGCAUCGGGCGACUUUAGCUUGGCCCAAAUCUGGGUCGCGUCAGGAAGUUACGAGACCAACGACCUCAACACCAUUGAAGCGGGUUGGCAGGUUUUCCCGAGUAAGUAUGGUGAUGCCCAACCACGAGUGUUUACCUAUUGGACUAGCGAUACUUAUUAUUCGGGAUGCUAUAGCCUCCGUUGCCCAGGGUUUCUGCAGACGAGUAGCAGGAUCGCAUUGGAGGCUGCCAUUAGCCACAUGUCGACCUAUGGAGGCGACCAGUUUGCUAUCACCAUCCAGAUUUGGAAGGAUCCUAUAUCCGGUAACUGGUGGUUGGCAAUCGGCGUUGACACUUUUGAACCGGUUGGUUAUUGGCCCGCCGAGCUAUUUACCACUAUGUCCGACCAUGCAACAAUGGUGGAGUGGGGUGGAGAGAUCUUAUACCGAAACACCUCUGGCCUGAGUACAAUAACCCAGAUGGGUUCCGGGGAGUUUCCUGAGAAAGGUUACAGAAAAUCUGCCUAUUUCUGUAACCUCAACGUCGCUGAAGAACACAAUUCCCUUCAACCAGUGGAAGAUUUCAACCUGCAAGCAGACCACGAAGAGUUAUAUACGAUAAUGAAGUCGAACACAGAAGCUUGUGGGAAUCACUUCUAUUUUGGGGGUCCUGGUCAUGGACCUGUGCGUUCGACAGCCGUUCGGGCAGCAGCGACUUUUGUUUUCUUGUUUUCUGCAGUCUUGUUAGUUUUAUAGAUUUUUGAUAAUAUAUCUCUAUGUCUGUUAAAUAAAAAGUUGAUAAUAACAAACCAUAGCACUAGUUUGUGUUAGUGAUGUUUUUCAUUGAUGUUUGUGAUGGAUGUUCGAGACAAUUGAUGUUUUUUUAUUUUUUUCAUCUUUUGUGAUAUAUCUCUUCUAUAAUCUGAAUGGUAACAAAGUAUAUGUGUCUA